AUGCCUAUCAAAUCAUUUGAAGAUGAUACCAUCGUUCAGGAAAUACCCCUGGAGAAAGAGCCAUGGUAUACCAUCCCUCACCUGAGAGAGCUGAAUCUCAUCAUUCUCUCCCUACUUAUGUACUCGGGGACGGUUGGAUAUGAUGGCUCCAUGAUGAACGGCCUGCAAAGCCUCACACAAUGGCAAACAUUCAUGAAGUACCCUACCGGGGCUUGGCUCGGGUUCAUCAAUGCAGCAAUGACCCUAGGUGCUUUCAUUACUCUCCCUUGUCAAGCUUGGAUCGCAGACCACUUUGGUCGAAGAUGUUGUCUUUUCAUUGGACUCUUCUUCUGUGCACUCGGGACCGCCCUUCAGACUGCUGCUUAUAACCAAGCUAUGUUUAUCCUUGGUCGAUUCUUCAUCGGAGUUUCCUCGGCAUGGUUUGGUAUUGCCGUGGUCUUGAUCACGGAGAUCGCUUACCCUUCUCAUCGCGCAAGGGUUACUGCACUUUUCCAGUGCCAAUACUACCUUGGAAGCAUUCUUGCUGCUUGGGUGACCUAUGGCGUUCGAAAUAUGAGUAACUCUUGGGCAUGGCGCAUACCAUCUCUUUUGCAAAUAGCCACUCCCAUUUUGGGAGUGGCGGGAACAAUUCUAUCCCCUGAGUCUCCCCGUUGGUUGGUUUCGAAGGACCGGGCGGAGGAGGCUCGAAGCGUCCUUGCUAGGUUCCACGCCGGGGGAGACCUCAAUUCCCCCUUAAUUGCCUUUGAAAUGGCCGAAAUUGAACAGUCUCUUUCUCUGGAAAGAGAAGCCAAAAAUUCUUCGAGUUAUAUCGAUAUGCUUAAAACCAAGGGAAAUCGUCACCGUCUCUUUAUUACCGUGUCCUUGGGUAUUUUUGGACAAUGGGUUGGGAAUGGUGUUGUAUCCUAUUAUCUUUUCCUCAUUCUUGAAACCAUAGGGAUCACUUCAGUGACCCAACAGACACUGCUAAAUGGGUUCUUGAAUGUGUGGAAUUUGAUCCUGGCAGUAUCUGCCGCCUUGAUCAUUGAUUCAGUCGGCCGGAGGAAGCUUUUCCUCACAUCUUGCGCUAUUAUGCUUGCUUCUUAUAUCACCAUUACUGCGUUGUCAGGAAGCUUCGCUCAAAAUGGCUCCAAACCAACGGGAAUUGCUGUGGUCCCUUUCCUAUUCAUCUUCUUCGGCGGCUACAGCAUUGCAUUCACGCCAAUUACUACUGCUUAUCUGACCGAGAUCUGGCCAUUUGCGCUCCGCGCUCGUGGAGUCGCCCUAGGCUCGAUGACCAUAUACUCGGCACUCCUCUUCAAUUUAUUCGUCAAUCCAAUCGCCCUUGCAGCAAUCGCAUGGAAGUACUAUAUAGUCUUCAUAUGCGUUCUGGUUUUCGCAAUUGUCACUAUAUACUAUACGUAUCCCGAGACAAGACGUUUCACGCUUGAAGAGAUGAUCCUUGUUUUUGAUGGCAAAGAUGGACAUGUCUCUUUACUUCCAGAAGAAAAGGAAAAUAAUCAACAAACUGAUGGAUCUUCUAAACCCUCUCAUGUCCACAUGGAAAGCUUAGCUUAG